AUGAAUGAUAGCUUCUGUACAAAGAAUGCUACUAGUAAAGACUGUCUAUAUUUCAGACGAUUUGAAUUUAUUCAGGAGUCUCCAGGAUUUGCCAUUCUUAGUAUUUUAUUGUUAGUAAUUGCAUCACUUGUUGGAACAUUUGGAAAUUUUCUUAUUUUGAUAGUUGUGUCGAAAGCAAAAGAACUCAGACAAGUGCAAUCUGUUUUCAUGGUUAACUUGGCAAUUUCAGAUUUGUAUGUUACGAUGAUAGCGGAUCCUAUGAGUAUUGUUGGUAAGGUUGAAGGACGGCAAUUCUUCAUGCAGUAUCCAGUUAUGUGCGAGAUAAUCGGAAAAGUGUGUACAGUUUCAUGUAUUGCGUCUUUGGGAUCCAUCACAUUGCUCAGCUUCAACAGAUACAUAUUAAUCUGUCACAACUCACAUUACGAGAGAAUAUUCACUCGUCGGUCGUGUAUCAUUAUGUGCAUAUCACUGUAUAUCGUUGGCAUGAUCAUGGUUCUGCUAAAUUCAGCUGGAAUUGGCGGGCAUGGCUUUGAUGACAAAAGUUUGGAAUGUAUUUGGGACAGAAUGGCAACAUACAGCUACACAGUGGUAUUUUCAGUUUGCCUUGUUUGGAUUCCCUUGAUAGUUGUAGGAAUUUCUUACUUAAAAUUGUUUUUGUAUGUCCGACAUAAACGAAAGCAGGUCACAAGUAGAGAAAACGCACCAAUCAUUGACAAUAAAUCCCUGCGCCUUGCAAAAACAAUAUUUAUUGUGUAUGCAGUAUUUUCGAUCUGUUGGAUACCUUUUGCAAUGUUGCUUGUUGCGGAUGUGAAAGAUACGUUUUCCCACGAAGUGCAUCUUUCCAUCACAGUUUUUGCACAUUUGCAUCCGUCAAUCAACUGGUUGAUUUAUUUUUAUACAAAUAGAAACUUCAAAACAGGAUGUCAUAAAAUAUUCAAAAUUGGUGGACAAGAAUUUUCAUCACAGCCUAUCGGGCCAUUGCCUAAAUCUGCACCUGUCAUGAGCAUUCAUAUGAAAUCAGUUUCAUCUGAAGAUGGAAUUUAA